CAGUGCCUGCCUCAAGAAAGAGACACAACCUUCCACCAGAUAAUGGCACCGGGAUUAUCAGUGCCUGGCGUGAGGGGAGGGUAGAGCUCUCAAGUGCCGCAGUCACUAUCAGCCUGGCACUCUUUCACCGGACUCCGCUCCACGCGCUGUUGGAAAGGCUAAAUCGCCCGGGGAUCUCGCUUACUCUUUCAGAAUUCGAGUGGAAAGGAGUUUUAGCCUCGUGGCCUGUCUCCAUGAUGCAGGGAGAUCGGUUCUCCGUCCUCGGGGUCAUGCUGGCGGCCGCGGUUCUUGUGUCCAGUGCCAGGACCCCCCUCCGACAGCAGGCCGAGAUUCUGACGGAGGCGCUGGGGGGCCGGGUGCUCCCUGGGACAGCUGAGGACAGGAGCAGGCUGAAAUUGGUGGAUCAGGAAGUUCAGGCCACGGAGCCGACGUUUCAGGGGUCAUCAGACUCAACAGUAUCAUCGUCUGCAGUGCCUGCAACAUCAUCACAACUGCCGUCGACCUCAUCACCAGCGCCAUCAACGUCGACGUCCCCAUCAUCUACAUCAGAAGCUCCUGCAACUUCUACACCUUCUCCAUCUUCACCUCCAACAUCAGCAGUGCCGACACCAUUACCCACUCCAGCUCCGCCAAUCUUCCCCGAGGUUACUGUGGAAGGCCUGGGCACUGCGCGGGGAAGGGUCAUGACCUCGUAUCUCGGCCGGCCCUUCUAUGCCUUCAUGAGCCUGCCCUACGCUGAGCCCCCGCUUGGCGAGCUCAGGUUUAAGAACCCCAAACCGUGGACAGGUCCCUGGAUUGCAACGCUGGACGAUUCUUACGACGCCACAUACUUGCGAUCUCGAUGUCCGCAGAUCUCGCUCAUUCUCGACGUCACAGCCGGUCGGGAGGACUGUUUACACCUAAGCAUCUACACCCCGAGUAUGCCCGACAGCCGCGACACUACCCAGCUUCCAGUCAUGGUAUGGAUUCACGGGGGGGCGUACAUGACCGGGGAUGCCAACCUGUACGUGCCGACGAAGCUCAUGGACCGUGAUGUGAUCGUGGUAGUUGUGCAGUACCGUCUAGGAUCUCUUGGCUUCUUAGCCGGUGGAAUUCCCGAAGCUCCAGGUAACAUGGGGCUGUUGGACCAAAUAAUGGCAUUGCGCUGGGUACAAGACCACAUAACGGCAUUUGGCGGAGACCGAGAUUCUGUCACAGUUUUCGGACAAAGUGCCGGAGGAGCCAGUGUUUCGUGGAUGCAAAUAACACCCCUCACGAAUGAAACCGUCCCCGAAAACAACAACCGGCAACUCGUCCACAAAGUGUUGCCGAUGAGUGGGUCGUCUUUUGAGGAAUGGACGCUCGAUCCUGACCCGGAAUCCGGUUUCUGGCUGACCGCUGAGAUCCUGCAUUGCGACGAGGUCAAGGACAAGGUUAAGGCGGUCGAGUGCAUGAGGGGAAAGACGACGGACGAGGUCAAUCGCGCGUCACUUAAGAUAUAUGCAGACGACCGGCAAAGAGGAGGCUUAGGAUUUAAGGGCCUGUGUCCCGUGGUGCAGGAUACCCUAGCGGGCGAGAACCAUCCUGGCCUCGAGCUGGUAAUCCCCAAGAGUCCUGUGGAGAUUGUGGACGCCAGCGAGUUCCUUCAGGUCCCUGUGAUGACAGGGAGUGUGAGGGAUGAAGGGUCGCUGGUAGUAGGGCUUGCUUACAGGGACUAUUUAUUCCCCAAUGGACACUAUCCCAACGACACGGAAUUUGCUCGGGAUGAGAUGGUGACCACGCUGAUUCAGGCAUUCGGCAUCGAGGACCGCACCGGCAGCGUUACCAAUGCUAUGACCUUAUCCUUCCUCCCUAACGCUGAGAUGGGCAAUUGGUACAGCAUGGUGGGCGGUCUUGUUGAUAUGGGCGGGAUGCUUUUCCUGAAAUCCGGACUGUGGGAGCUGUCGCAUCGUAUUAACAAAGUCUCCCCGAAUCUUCCCGUUUUCUUUUAUUCGUGGGAAUUUGAGUCUGACGAUUCCCUGUUUCCUUGGAUUUUCAUUUCCAUGCCUGACAUUCCUGUGCCGGGAGGUAUUGGCCAUGCUGACGAACUUCUUUACUUGUUUCAUCUGCCGAAUGUGCUGGAUGAGAGGCAGAAGCUCAUGUCAGAGAGAAUGUUGACGUUGUGGACCAAUUUUGCCAAAUAUGGGAACCCCACCCCUCGCGAAUUUGAAUAUGGACACGAAAAUUGGACAAGUUUCGCCCCUGAGUGGAAACUAUUUAGCAGAGAGGAACCGUAUUUCAUGUUACUGCAAGACGAUUUCACCAACGAACUAGACUUUUCCACUCGCUGGAACUACCACAUCGAUGCUGGAAUCACCACCACGCCGGGCCCGUCCACCAGCGAGGUCCCGGACCCAGUGUCUCGGGAAGACUACGAUAAGCAAGUCGAGCUAACAGAGCAAUUCCAAAUCGCCACUGGAAUUCUUGGCGGUCUGUGUGUAUGCACCUUGUUCCUGGCCGCCAUUUUCUUCGUCAGAAUGAGGAGGACGAAGACAGUUUAGAGCGAAAGAAAACGGGAAUUUAGGAUUAUAAGUUCAGUGUUGUGUUGUGUCCAUAAAUAAAUUAGUUAUGUAAGAGGUUGGUGAUAAAAUUGUUCAUUGAGUAAGGUUAUGAUGCAAACGAAGGGAGAAAUUUAACGAAAGAUCUCCAGUAUACAUUAUGGAAAUGCCAAACGAUAUAAUGAACACUGUAUGGUUCUAAUAAAGAAUAUUAAAAACCUCAAA